AUGGGGCUCAUCAGUGAUCACCUCGGUGUCCUCUACCUCGGCGUAGCAGCCGGCGUCUACUUCAUGCCAGAGCACGCCAUCUACGGCUCUAGAAUCGCGACUGUUGCCGUUCUAUUUACAGUCAUCACCAUCUCAAAGCUGAUCUAUCAGCUAUUCCUCUACCCUCAAUUCUUCACACCAUUGAAACACUUCCCCGUCCCAUCAAAUCGGCACUGGCUCACGGGCAAUGCCGGUAGUGUGCUCGUCGACACGCCCCAUGCACGAAUGAAGGAGUGGGCCAAGACGAUCCCUAAUGAUGGAAUCAUUCGCUACUACAUUGUGGGAAACAUGGAGAGGCUCACGAUAACCAGCCCUGCUGUCCUCAGCGAAAUCUUGGUGAGCAAAGCCUACGACUUCGCCAAGCCCCUGGUGAUACAGCAAGCAUUGGGUCGUGUGCUCGGCAAUGGCAUCCUGAUUGCCGAGGGCGAGGAGCACAAGUUUCAACGUAAGAAUCUCAAACCCGCUUUUGCGUACCGCCACAUCAAGGAUCUCUAUCCCGUCUUCUGGUCCAAGGGCACGGAGAUGGUCCGGUUGAUUCGAAAGGAUCUGCAGAACAGAAAAGAGACCGAAGAUCACACAGUCCAAGUGAGAAACUGGGCCAGUCGAUCCUCGCUCGACAUCAUCGGUCUGGCGGGCAUGGGCCGGGAUUUCGACUCCUUGCGUGACCCGGAAAACAGUCUCAGCCAGUCUUACGAAAUGAUCUUCGCUACUCCGGGUCUUGGGACGAAGUUUCUUUUUAUUCUUGGAAUGCUUCUUGGGGAUACAAAAUGGCUAGCAAAACUACCUACCAAGCGGAAUAGGCUCAUUGACGCGGGCUGCCGCAAUAUCCGUGAGGCUACGCGGCAGAUGAUUCGGGAGCAAAGAGUCAAGAUGGAAGAUCCAAGUGCAGACCUCCAGGUCGACAUCAUCUCGGUCGCCAUGCGAAGUGGCAACUUUGACGAUGAGAACCUCGUCGACCAGUUGAUGACCUUCCUCGGCGCCGGCCACGAGACGACCGCCGGGGCUCUUCAAUGGGCGAUGUAUGCGCUUUGCAAGCACCCAGAAGUCCAGACCCGCCUGCGAGAAGAAGUUCGCGCCAACCUGCCACCUAUCAACGUCGAAAACCCCGGUGCCAUCGAUGCUGCGACAAUCGACAGCCUCGAAUACCUCCAUGCCGUCUGCAAUGAAGUCAUUCGUUUCCACCCGUCUGUCCCAAACACCGUUCGGGUAGCGCUGAAGGAAACCACACUGAUGGGAAAGCCUAUCCCUAAGGGUACACUGGUUGUCAUUUCGCCGGAACUUGUUAAUCAUCUGCCGCAGCUGUGGGGACCGGACGCGGAACAAUUCAACCCAGAUCGAUGGAUGGGCCCCGGUAUGGCCAACACCGGUGGCGCAACCAAAAACUACGCUUUCCUGAGCUUUCUUCACGGUCCGCGCAGUUGCAUUGGACAGGGAUUUGCCAAGGCGGAACUUGCAUGUCUCUUGGCUGCGGUUGUUGGUAGCUUUGAGUUCGAAUUGAAAUAUCCCAAUGCUCCGCUGGAGGUGCGAGAGGGAGCUACUAUUGUACCGAAGGAUGGCGUUUUUGCCAAAUUCACUCCAUUGGAAGGAUGGUGA